ACAUGGGUUGCGGGCGCGCGCCACAACAGCAUUCAUAAUACACGUAUCUCAGUUUCAAUGUUUAACACCAGAGAAAUGAGCCGUUUAAGUGAUCGUUUUGCGGUGUAGUGUGACUACGGCCAUAGAUGAAAUCGAAACCAGUUGCCUUUUUGCCUCAUUGUUGGUUUUUUUUCUCUGCUAUCGCCAUUGUUUCGCCUUUGUUUGGCAUUCAAUCGAUUUAUCUGAAUGCUCACUUUUAUUUCAUUUUUACUUUUUCGUUCGGCUCUCCGAAUGCCCGAAUCUCUAAUCAAUCGUCUAUUUUGACAAUCCAGCGCCAAACAAUGUUGCAGGCGGUAGCCAUAUUGAAUGCAUUGCGUAUUAGAUGAUGCCAAUGCUAUUGAGGGGACAGUGAAUGAGUGAUAGUGAAUAAUGUUCAAGUGUCGAUUAAACCCAUUUCUUCAUAUGCACCAGAGAGAGAGAACAUGAUCACAUCAAAAACGACAAAAAAAUUAAAAGAAACCAAAGAAAGAGCAAACAACGCCGAAAAUUAUUAUGAAGAGUGACUUUUUCAAGUAAUUAUUGCAUUGGGUUCUGGUUUCAACAGCUAGAAAAACAAUCAACAACGGAAAAAAUUAUUUAUAUGCUGUGUUUGUUGGUGCCACAUCAAUUCCCGAACAUUUUCGAAUGUUUUAAUAAGUGCGUGUCGCCUCGAAUUAGGUCUGAACAAAAAACGACAAACAAGACGAAAACGAAAACGAUUAACUAUUUCCAUUCGACCCAACGAUACAUCAUCAUUCGAACGGAUUUUCAUUAGAAUAUAUGUUUCCAUUGAAAAAUGUUCACGAAAUAUUCUAAGAGAUUCUAUUCAAGAUCAGCAAAAACUAUCGAUUCUUUUUAAAUUUAAAGUGAGAACGAUAAAAAAUCAAUUGGGACAAAAAAAUAAUAAUAGAAAUUGCAACAGAAUUGGUGGUCAAAAAUUACAACAUUCGAACAUCAGAUACGCUAUCACAUUAACAAAAUUGAAUUUAAAGUGUCUGAAAAUUGAAAGUUAAAGUCAAGUCAAAACUGUGAUUGAAACAAGAAUUCAAACACACAAAAUAAUGAAUGUCAAAAGUGAAUGUUUGUAAAAUGUCAUAUUUAGUGGAAUUUUCAAGUUGGAAGACACUGGAAAAACGGAAAAAUGAACGUACUUUUUAGGUUUCUGUUUGUUUUAGCAUAUUUUUCAUUUCAAUUAGCAUCUGCAGAACAAUCAACGCGUGAACGGAUUGCGCUGCACAAAAAAUGGCUGGAGCAACGCGAAGAGCGAAAAAAGUUAAUGAUGCAAGAGCGUCUAGCUAGCAAUGGGACGGUUGAUGAUUUUUGGAAGUCCUAUUAUCGAUAUUACAAGUACGAUCUCAAUACAACAUCAAAAAAUGACAAAAAAUACCGACGAAAACCGUUUCAACUAGACCUUCAGCUGAAAUCAAAACGAAAGAAACAACAGCAGCAGCAACAGCAACAGCGAAUAAACUCGGUGCUUCCAAAUGAAUCUGUCGAUAUUCUAACAUCCACAACAACGUCAACUAUAACCGCUCUCCCAUUCACUACAUUUGUCACAGCAGAAUCAACAACAGCUGGCAUAACAAAGUCGACGGACGAACUACGGCCGAACAACCGCGAACAGAACACAACAUCGGAAAUUAAUUCAAAAAUACACAUCAAUGACCGGAUGAAUUUAAAUGAAAGUACAACGAGCAAAAUCAAUAAAAUUACAUCAACUACAGCCGAACAUUCAAUCACGUACAACGUUACGGCCGAUCAUUCCAAAGGUGUUCAACCGGCAAAUCGAACGAAAGCAAGGAAGUUGUCGAAUGCAAUUUGGGGAAAAUGGCAAAAAUGGACCAAGUGCUCGCGUAGUUGUGGAGGAGGUGUUAUGUCGCAGUCAAGACCGUGCUUGAGUCGAGACACAACACUGACAAAUCGAACGAGUAACGAAUGCAUCGGACUUCAACGGCGAUAUCGCAUUUGCAAUGAACAGAGUUGUCCCGAAGAUGAGCUUGACUUUCGAGAUCAGCAAUGUGUCUCUUACAACAAUCGAUCGUAUCAUAAUCAGACCUAUUCGUGGGAAUCGUACGUCGUUGAUGAGGCCGAAUGUGAGUUGAAUUGUAAACCAAUUGGAAUGGAUUACUUUGCAACAUUAGCAGAGCGUGUUAUUGAUGGUACAAGCUGUUCAUUUCCAGUGGAUUUUCCGCGUCAAAAUCACAGUGGACGCGCGGUAUGCGUUGAAGGCAUUUGUAAGGCCAUUCACAACAGUGGAAUAUUGACAGGUGCGUUCAUGAACAAUGGAGCCGUUCGAUGCGGAAGCACUGUAUGCAAUCAAGUGAGCAAAAUAUUUACCGAAAAUCCACUGCCAAUCGGAUACUACAACAUUGCCACCAUACCAGCUGGAGCUUCCAAUAUCUCCAUACUUGAGCUUAAAAACAGCGACAACUAUUUGGUAUUGAAGCGCGAUCAUUCGUUUAUCAUCAAUGGAGACAAUAUCAUUUCGGAUAGCGGUGUGUACAGAGCAGCUGGUGCCGUUUUUGACUACCGCCGCAUCGAUGAUGCCGUUGAAGCGAGCGACGAAAAUGCUGAGGGUGUCACUGAAUGGAUCACGGCCACUGGACCAAUUCGAGAAGCGGUUCACUUGAUGGUUCUAAGUCAAAGCAAAAAUCCCGGAAUUAAAUACGAAUACUUGAUACCCGUCAAUCCACCGUCAUCAUCUUCUGCUUCAUCUGUCGAUGAAACAGUGCGCAGUGUUGAAAUGGAAGCAGAUAUGCCACCGGAAGCUGAAUCAGAGAAACGAAAGAAAAAGCACAGCCAAUAUACGUGGAAAGUAGUUAGCUUCUCGACAUGCAGUAAAACAUGCGGUGGUGGAAGUUUAACGCCGAUAAUUCGUUGCGUUCGUGAGGGAAAUUCACAGAAAUUCUACAAUCACAAACGAUGUGCCCAUCAAACGAAGCCAGUUUUAAAUGAGGAAAUCCUGCGUUGUAACAAACAGCCAUGUCCAGCCUAUUGGAAAGUCGAUGAAUGGAGUGCUUGUAACUGUGGACUGCCCAAUGAACGUGACUAUCAAACCAGAGAUAUAGAAUGUGUACAGGAGUUGAGUUCAGGCAUUGUGAUUCAUGUGAACGAAGUCGUAUGCUUGGAACAGAAACCAGACGCUCACCAAGAAUGUAAUUGCCCGAAACAACAAGUGGAUUACUAUCGUCAUCAUUCGCACAAAGGCAAAGACAAAAAUCACCAUCAUCACCAUUCGCAACCAAUCACAUUGAUCGGCAACUCAACUAUUGGCAAACGAGCUCAUGUUUUGGAAAGUCGCAAACCAGGCAUUUGGAUUGCUUCCGAUUGGAGUGAACAGUGUUCAACGAAAUGUGGCGAAGGAACACAAUACCGUUCGAUAUUCUGUGAUCGUUCAGCGAAAAACGAUCGUUGUGACAUUCGUUUGACACCAGACACAACCAGAUCAUGCAUGGAAACCACGCGAUGCAACGUCGGAGAUUGGUUCAUUGGCCCGUGGAGCAAUUGCUUUGGUGAUUGUUUCAAUUUGAUGCGAUCUCGCUCGGUUCUUUGCAUCAAAGACGAUCAAAUUGUGGGCGAUUCUUUGUGCUUAGACUCGAAUAAUGUGGAAAAUACGACGAAACCCAUUACAAUUGAAAAGUGCGAAUUGAAAGACGUUUCUUACUGCAGACCCAAGUGGCAUUCUUCGGAAUGGACAGAGUGUUCACGAAGCUGUGGAUCUGGUACACAACGCCGGGUGGUGAAAUGUUUCGAACCGGACGUGAAAGAUUCAUUAUUGAAGGAGUCGGAUAAAUGCCGGUAUUCGGAACGACCACAAGCAUUCAGAAGUUGUAACACACAUGAAUGUGAUGCCGAUUCGUCUGAUUCCGAGGAAACGACUGAGGCCAUUAAACCAGUUGUUGUUGUGCCAACGAAGAAACAUGUUGAACCUAAAGUUCGACUCAUUCAAAAUGACAGCACACCAAAAUGUGUUGAUGUAUACAAAAACUGCCAAACAGUGGUGAGAGCAAAAUUGUGCACGUAUGACUUCUAUAUCGAAAACUGUUGUGCCUCCUGCAAGGAAGCCAUUUUGCUAGGUUACUGAAGCGAUUUUCACUUCGAUUUGGAGGAAAAUUAAUUUAUUUCAUUAGAGCUUAAGAGAAAAUUAGUUCCAAUGGGUGAAAGAAUGAAUUUCGUAUGAUUUCCAAAUUAUGUCCCGAUUCAAUAUUAUAAGCAUUGAGAGAAGAAAAAAAAUGUAUUCGGUUGUCAUUGAAGAAAGAAACUAACAUUUAACAAGAAUGACUGUCGUGAUUUCCUUUCGUAUUCAAUUUUCUAGACUAAUUCUAUGAUGCAAUUCUUAACUUUUACCGUUUUCACCACAGCAUUUAGUUUUAGUAAUUUCAUAAUUCUUAAGCCAUCCAAUCGAACUUAAGCUUUUUUUAAGGGAUUCAAUUUCAUCAAGUUACCGUUUCUAAUUGGACUAGCAAAUAAAUGGUCUCCCUUCGAUUUGUGCACAUUUUACUGGUCCCAUUCAUUCAUUCAUUCUUCAUUUUAUUUUUAAGCCAUUGAAAUAGGAACACUUUUAAGUAAAACAACAAAUCCUGCAAUACGUAAACUCUAAAAUUUCCGCACCAACUAAAAUUGUUUUGAUUUGAUUUAAUAACUUUUUUUUAAAAAUAAACAUUAGUUUUUAUUAAAAGGUAAA